CUGGCAUAGAUUGUUGAGUCCUCAAUUAGAGUAAUGAGUGUGGGCCGGGGCACUAGCCUGCUAUUUGCCUCAUCCGGCUUCCGUUCCGCUGCUCACCUCCAGCCACAAAAGCCCACCCAUGACAACCAUUGACCACCCUGAAAGAUCAUUGUAAUACAACAGCUCUGCCCAUCCUCUCCUUUUAUCCAAACUCCCCCUUUUCCUUUCCGAACGUGUCGAGGGCCGUUUAUACAAAAAUGCCCUGGGUUCCUUUCCGCCGCCGCUGCGGCCCCCGACGACCCAAGCCUUCUCCAGCUCCUGGUGUAGAAACUCGGAGUGGCAAGCCCAGCGUGCGGUGGAGUCGCCUGCGGUGGCUGUCGGGUGCCCUCUCCCAAUCUUUCGACAGCCUGCAUCUCCGACGAAACAGAGAGAGGGACUCUGGCGAGCGUAUCGCUGUUCCCCCCAACCUCGAUAUUUCAUCGAUCUCGACACUCGCUGUCGAUUCAGAUGAGCGUGACGAGCGGCCGAUAGCCCGGGCGAAAGAGGACGGGACGAUCUGUGUUUCCUGCACCCCCAGGCCGGUCCCCGUACCUGCCCCGGGCUCUGUGCCUGCUACCUUGAACCCUUGCCGUCUCUCAACCCCCCCUCGUCAUCCUUCUCAAGCGGUGUCGAGUGCGUCGAGUGCGGUAAGUGUUCGGCAGAGCGCUGGUGGCGAGGAAGCCACUGCGAGCGGGCCUGGAGACACCGGCCCAUCUGGCUUGAAUCCGUCAUCGAGUGAUCCACCGUCGGGCGUUGCGUCUAGUGGUCAGUCGUCAAGUCCCACACGCAGGCACUCCAUCCAGGAGAACUAUACUCGUCCCGUCUAUCUGAUCACUGCCACCAACCGCAAAAUACAUGCCUUGGCCGCAUUAGACACACAGGCAGGAGUGAACAUCAUGCGCAAAGACAUAUUCACUGAGCUGGGUCUUGACCUAGAAGAGAGUGAUAUAGCGCUCACUCCUUUACAUACCAGUUCAGCAAGCAAUGUCGAAAUCCAGCCGAUCGGACUCGUCCGCAACGUGGACUGGCACUUUGGUGACGAGGAAACUCGGACGUACACGGCCGACUUUUACGUCGUCGACACGGACCAGUAUGACCUUUUGAUCGGUCAAUCGACUCUCGAUCGGUGCAGACUCAUCAAUGUUGCGGUGCCAAGGGUCCAGGUGCGAACCUUGGAUUAAUUAGAUGAGUCUGCAAAAUCCAGUGGGGGAACAACAGCACCCUGCGAGGCUGACUAUCUCUCAAGACAGAGAGGACGACGCGCCAGCUUUUAGAUCUAAUCUUUUAUUUGCCCCAGGAGCAAUACCCUGGUCCCUUCCUUAUUCCCCCUCUUUUUCUUCCUUUGUUUGUUUGGGCCGGAUUAGCGCGUGGCGUUUUGUCUAGUAAUGUUUGCCUCCUAUCAAAAUCGAGGUUAUAGAUUGCAUAUUAUCUCGUGCUUGCAUUCUAGUCAGUAUCGAGUCUCCUGCCUGGAUUGAUCAUGUGUACAGA